AUGAAGAUCGUCACUCUCAGCAUCUUAUUCACCGCUGUCGUGGUCCUCGCGGUUCCGGUCCCUGAACCGACUCCACCUGGCAUCCCGAGUGCAUCUAGUGCCAGGACGACACUGGCUAGCCUUCAAGUAGCAACUCCCGUGGACGAUGGCACAUACAACCGAUCUCUCUUUCACACCUGGGACAUUAUACACGGAAAAUGCAAUACUCGAGAUGUGGUACUCAUACGGGACGGCGAAGAUGUCGAAACGAAUCGCAACUGCGUCCCUCGGUCGGGCAUAUGGACCAGUCCAUACGACGGCCUCGUCUUCACCGAAGCUCACAAGCUUGAUAUUGACCACUUUGUGCCUCUGAAGAAUGCGUGGAUGUCUGGAGCAUCCGAGUGGACUGAGGAGCAGCGAGAGGCCUUUGCUAACGACUUGACUCACCCGCAGCUUUGGGCCGUCUCUGCUCAUGCCAAUCGGCAAAAGGGGGACAAGGGCCCUGACAGGUGGAAGCCUCCUCUGACGAGCUUCUACUGCACCUACGCCGAAUCUUGGGUAGAUGUCAAGGGCUACUAUAAUCUGAGCAUUUCUGACAGCGAAAAGGACGCUUUGGGGAGCAUGCUGGAUGAUUGCUGA